ACAUUAUUUCUACUUACUGCAAGUAUAAAAUAUUUACAUAUUGCUUAUAUAUACAUAUUAAAGAAUAUCAUGUAUAUUUUUUAUUAUUAAUUCCUCCAGAAAAAAAAUGAGAAUCAAAAUUGAACAGCAGAGUCUAUCCCAAGACUCCUAGUUUCAACAAUCGGACUCUACCGUUUGCAAGAGCAGUGUUGCCACAUUAUUCCCGUUGUGCCUCGGUGUAUCCGAGUUUCCUACACACGGUGAUACUUGCCUCGCCGCGUGUAGCGAGGCACUAGUUUCUGAUACAUACAUAUCAGGUUGCAUGACGUAUCGCUGAGGCAAUCGUUGUAAGCUACGUACGAGAGACGACACUUACCCGAGCAACUUGCCUCGAGACAGUUUGUAUUAUCUACGUGUGCAGCAAAAUUUGUGCCUCUUUUUUCGUCGAAAGAUUUAUUACUUUUAUUAAGAAAGAAUACUUUUCCAUAAUAUAUAACAGAAAUAUGUGUUCGAUAGGAGAUCGUAAAUUUUGGGAAGAGUUCAUCGCAUUGUACAAGAGUUUCCCGUGUUUGUGGGAUAUAAGAUCGAAGUCGUACAUGGACAGAAAUCUAAGAAACCACGCGAUGGACGUUUUAAUCGACAAAUGCAAAGAGAUAAAUUCUAUGUCGAAUAAAGAUUUCGUUAAUAAAAAAAUUCACAACUUGCGAUGCAGUUUCAGACGAGAGUUGAAUAAAGUUAAACGGGCGAAAGCGUCGGGGAAAAACGUAUACGUACCGAGUCUCUGGUAUUUCGAUAAUUUAAGUUUUAUAACAAACUGCGAUGAUGCGAAGAAGGGCGAAAAUUUUAACGAUGCUGAUGUGGAUUUGGAAAUUGAUCGUGACGAUAAUGGAAGACAAGACGACAUCGAUACAAGAGGAAAUAAUUUAUCGCCAUGUUCGGAAGUGUCGAGCAGGCCAAGUUCUUCUUUAUCAUCAACAUCUUCGGUUACGAAAAAAGUAUUGAAGCGAAAAAGAAAAAGCGGGGGAAAAAACUAUCAACUGGCCGAGAUGACGAAUACAAGCUUAAAUGACAAAACGUCUAAUUCGCGUAUCCAAGAGGAUUGGCUUGAUAUUACAGGGAAAAAGAUUGCUUAUGAUCUUCGAGAGUUGAACGAGAGGCAGAGAAUAAUAGCGGAAAAACUUAUAAGCGAUGUUAUAUUCUAUGCAAAAUUAGAUAAAUUGAACGAAAAUUAUUCGAUAAGCGACGCACAACACACUUUUUUCAACGUAAGAUUGAAAAACGAGAGAGAGAAUAAUUCUUCAUCGUAAAUAAUUUUAAUAUUUCAAUCUCAAAUUUGCAAA